AGAAACUUUGGCUACCUUGGAAAUUCGAAUUCCCAAAUGCGUGAUAGAGGAGCGUACUUUAUGGAGAAGUAUUCGCGUCGUCAGCUUCUCGAGUAUAUAAAUGAUUAUGGAAUUUCACCAGAACCUACUUGGCAGCCGAGGAUUGAUCAAGUGCGCGAAGAACUGGGAGACUUUGUGAAAAUGGAGAAUGUCUACAAAUUGAUGGCUAGACUUGGACAGUGCUUCACACAGAGCAGAGAGUCUGGAGCAGUCUUCCAAAGGAGUGAAUACUUUGCCGUUCCUGAUAUCAUUGGAGGUCGCAAUAGUUUGAAGUAA